UAUAGAGGUACCUCAUAAGCUUUUGACAGACAGGAGACGUGGCAGAGAAAAAACAGACAAGGAUAACCAAAAAAAAAAACCGUAGUGAAGUUGUCAAACUUUCUGUAUUGCAAUGGAAAGUGAUGGGACACCAGAAGACCAGAUUGGUGAAGCGGUCUUGAUUGAGGUGGUGCGGGGGGAGGUGGAGGAGGUGACAGAACAGCAGCAUACUGCUCCUGUGCUCCUCCCUAAGCCUCGGAGCCUGAAGAACAUGCAGGACCAGAAACUGGUACAUGAACUGGGACAAACAAUAAGGAUCAUCGGGGACAAACUGGAUCAGAACACAGAAUUUAAUGCCAUGAUUGAUGGAUUGGGGCGUGUGGCAGACAAAAAGAGUUUCUCGAAGCUGGUGCAGGAAGUCUUCAGAGAUGAUCAGAUUAACUGGGGAAGGAUUGUUGUCCUAUUCUAUUCAGUGGGGAAACUAGCCGCCAUGGUACCCAUUUCAGUUUCCCCUUUGAUUUGUACUCUCUGCUUUGCUUUAACCAUGGAUUUCUUCAGGAGAAAACUGUUGGACUGGAUACGCAAUGUGGGAGGAUGGAUAACAUGCAUCUCAGAAGUGACCCAGUUUUCACUGGAACAUCUCUCAAUGUCAUCCUUCAACUCCAUCUGCCGUUUUUCUGGCAUUAUUGGUAUUUUCAUCACUGGGGUCCUCGUUGGCACCUUUAUUACGUGGAGACUGAACAAAAACAGCUGAGAGAGAGAAAGAGAGGGAGGAGAGAGGAUCGAAGGACAGUAAUGAGUUUCCGUUUCAAAAAUGCUUCUAGAAUCUAUGGGUGGGUUUCAUCUGUACUGUAGCUUCCUUCACCUGGUUUACGCCUGAUUUCAACUUUCUGGACCUUUUUUGUUUACAUUAGAUAUGAAGCUUACUAAUUGCUCUUUUAUCUCAUUGCUAAUA